AAGUUUUUACAACAAUAACAACAACACUGGCGGUCCAAUAAAUUUUAUUAAAGAAACGUUUUAUUCAUAUUCAUAAACUGCAAACACGUUUCAUGCAAACACCAACUCAUUUUCGUCAAUUAUAUAUAUGCUGGCGGUUAAUGUCUAAGAAGACAACUAAAUAUUCCAGUGCUACUAUUGCAGGGUGUUGCCCAAGCCCAGUGAGUGCUGGCAAGGAUGGCUCAGUGGACAUAAAGCUCACUGCUACACCUGGCGCUAAACAUAAUAGUAUCUUAGAAAUAGGUGAGGAGGUGCGAGUGUCCAUUGCAAGUCCUCCGGUGGAUGGCAAGGCUAACACAGAACUCCUGCGCUACCUUGCAGAUGUGCUGGGGGUAAAAAAGUCGCAAGUGUCAUUGACCAAGAGUAAACAUGGAAAGUGCAAGGGAAAGGUUCUAUUUUGCAAAUACUAUGCUGUGUUUGCUGAAAGCCAUCGAGGGACAAAGUACAACAGUAGAACUGAGAGACGAAAAAGAGGUUUCUGGUAAAAUCAUUAAAGUUGAUGGCUACAUGAACAUCACAAUGGCCAAUGUGACACUGAAGACGAGGGAGUGCUCUCGUAGUUUUGAGCGGUUCUUUGUGAACGGUCGGACAGUGCGCUAUGUGCACAUCCCAGAUGAGGUUGA